AUGCGCGAUAUCUACAAGACAGCCAAGGUUGUGCGUAUAUGGCUCGGUACAACGCUUGUUGACGCGGAGGGUGUGCCAAGAGUCUUCCCUGAUGUGAAGACUCGCAAGCUCGAUGCCGCCUUCGGCCGUAUCCGUUUGACUGAGCUCGGCCACAUGCCCGUAGUAUUGAGCUUUCUAGCUCAAGCACUGCGGAACGGAAGACGAAUCCACGAGGACGACAGUUCUACUUCCGUACCAGGAGCCACAGUCGAGACUGAGCAGCGUACACCUGGCUUGGUCGGCUUCCCAGAGUCUCAUGCCCCUGAAUGGGCCAUGCUGACCGGGUUCCUUGAGCAGCCAUGGUUUCACCGUGUUUGGAUUGCGCAAGAAGUUGUCAUGGCUCAAGAGGCCAAGGUCAUGAUGGGUGACUGGGAGAUGCAGUGGGAACCCUUUGCACGAGCCAUUGACAUAUUGGAGGAUCUCUGGAACGGACUACCCCUUCUCGCUAUUCGAUAUCUCAGCCUCAUACGUCAACUACCGAGCCGUACUAAUGGUCUCCUUCCUCUCCUCAACGAUUCACGUCAGCGCAAAGCCACGAACCCCGCAGACCAUGUCUUUGCCGUCUUGGGCAUGGCCAGCGAGGUUGUCAACCCAGGCCCUAACCAUGUUAAUUUGUCGAGGUUUGUCACUAUCGACUACAAUAAACCAACAGCUCAAGUCUUUCGAGAUGCGACAUGGUUUAUUAUCCGAAGUCAUGGCAAACUUGAUCCCCUCCACAUGGUGAAGCUAAGCGACGGCCAGUCAAUGCAGGAUUGUCCCUCGUGGGUUCCUCUCUGGACGGAGCCCCUAAAGUCGGAGCGGCUGCCUCGGGUUCUUUUCAAUGCGGACCUCGGCAAGCUGAUGGACAUUCGUUAUCAUCCACACGACGACAACAAACUUAUGGUCUCGGGGUACGCCUUCGAGCGUGUACAAGCCCUGAACACGGGGCUACAACUCGGAGCGCAGACAGCUGCAAACAUCAACAGCAACCUUGCUAUGCAUUGCCAUUACCCACCUCGAAGCGAGGAUAUCGAGUUUGUCACAUCAGCCUGGAACCUCGUAGAAUCCUUCCAAAAGAAGCCGCCAGGAGAGACUGGGGUGUUGCAACGGCCCUAUCAAUCACCCGAUGCCGUGCUGGAGGCAUUUGUCUGCACCCUCUGCGGUAACUGGAAAGACGGUGACGAGAGGGCCGAAGCAUCCAGCGAAGUCAUGAACUCGGCAAAGGCGUGGCUCGAAACGAACUCAGUUAUCUGA